UCCACGCGCUGUUGUUGUGAUUGACCGACAGGUAGGCGUCAUGUUAAACUUUCGCUUUGCUCUUUGGUGCUGCUGCCACAAAUGCGUUUCAAUUAAGUGAACAACGAUGUCCGAUAUACUGAUGAAAGAAAUGGAUAGUUUGUCGAUCAGUCCAUUGAAGCCAGAGGACCGUUCCGACGGCGGCGGCCGGAGCUUCCUGCUCGUGGACGAGCAAGAAAACCUGCAGGUCCGGGAUGAGGCCGAGUUCGUGGAGCGACUUGGCUGUGCCGACGUAGCGGGCGUCAAGGUCCUCUCCAUCUUUGGAAACACCGGUGAUGGCAAGUCCCACACGCUCAACCACGUCCUGUUUGAUGGCGAGACUGUUUUCUACACCUCCAAGUCCCCCAGCUCCUGUACUGUGGGAGUUUGGGCUGCUUACAACCCCACUCUCAGCCUCAUUGCGCUGGAUACAGAGGGCCUCUUGGGAGCCGCAGCCAAUCAGAACCAGAGAAUGCGGCUGCUGCUGAAGGUGCUGGCUGUGUCGGAUAUAGUGGUGUAUCGCACACGGGCAGAGCGUCUUCACAAUGACAUGUUCCAGUUCCUGAGUAGUGCCUCAGGGGCAUACCUGAAGCAUUUCACCCCAGAGCUAAGGGCCCUGUCCACCCGCUGUGGUCUGGAUGUACCCCUGUCCUCUUUGGGGCCUGCAGUCAUCAUCUUCCAGGAAACAACACACACGCAACUCCUGGGCCAAGACUCAAAGAUGGCCGGCUAUGCAGACACACUCCUCCAGAAGCGUUUUCAUGACCUGGGUUUGGGGACAGAGGCCUUCAGCUCAGUGCAGUACGUAGGCACUCAGACGAUCACACCGCCCACAGACUAUAGCGGGCUGCUAGAGGCCAUCAAGCAACAAGUGAAGAACACUCAUACACGGUCCCCCCGCCAGCCUGGGAUAGUGUUUCAUGCACUAGAAGCUCUGAGUGAGCGUUUCUGUGGAGAACUAUCAGAUGAAAAGAUGACACUGUACUCCUUCUUCCCAGAUGAAUACUUCACCUGCUCAGCUCUCUGUCUCAGCUGCAACAUUCGCUGUAAAAAUGGAAUGAACCACCUGAGAGACAGAGUUCCCCACAUGGCAGAUGGACUCUGCCAGUAUGCACACCAGUACAACAACAAGGUCCUCAUCUGUAAGAGGUGCUAUGAAGCUGGCAGAGAGGUGAUUGUUGUUCCCAAAACAUCAGCUUCGUCUGAUAAUCCCUGGUUUGGACUGGCCAAGUACGCCUGGUCAGGAUAUGUGUUGGAGUGUGCUAGCUGUGGGGUAAUCUACCGCAGCAGACAGUACUGGAUGGGAAACCAGGACCCAGAGAGUGGUGUGGUGCGAUCAGAGGUCAAGCACGUCUGGGAGGAUUCUGACGCUUUUCUGACCAGCCACCAAAAUGCUGCCCAGAGGGUCUUGGAUGGGAUGAACUAUGUGAUUCAGUCAGUGUCAGAGUACGGCACUGGCCCCACCAAAGCCGUCACUGCCUGGAUUACUGACCAGGUGGCACCUCCAUACUGGAGACCUAAUACAGAGAUCACUGCCUGUCAUGGAUGUCAGAAGGAGUUCAAGGAGGCUGAAAGGAAGCAUCACUGUCGAUCAUGUGGGGAGGGUUUCUGCCAUCCUUGUUCCAGCCACAGGAUGCCGGUGCCAGAGAGGGGCUGGGGCAGCAGUCCUGUCAGGGUGUGUGAGGCCUGCUACCGCCAGGGAGGUCCUCCUGACACCAACAGCCAGGUCUGUAAGGUGGAGCCUCGUGGUCUGAUAGCUCGCAGGGUGACGGAGGUGGCACAGUCGACACUGGACAUGGUCACCACAGCUGUGGACUACCCUCUCUGUUUCGUGAAGGACGUGGCUCGGCCAGACUACUGGGUGCCAGACCAGGACAUCACCAAGUGCAACCAGUGCUCCAAACCUUUCACUCCAGCCAUGUCGAAGCACCACUGCAGGGCCUGUGGGCAGGGCGUGUGCGGGCCCUGCUCCACACACAACAAGCCCGUGCCCUCUCGAGGUUGGGACCACCCGGUCAGAGUGUGUGACAGCUGUCACGCCCGCACAGACAGCCUGUGACCUUUUCCACCAGGCAAACUUCUCAAAGUGCACUCAGUUUUUCUCAGAUGGGCUACAAAACACUGUGAAUCUUGGCACUGCUGCUCCUUGGAAACCAGGAAGGGGACUAAAUGGCAGGUCUGGAAUCAGCCUUUGUUUUAUCUGAAACGGGAGCUGCUCAGAUAUGUAGAAGGAUGACCAUCUGGAUUCCACCGCUCAGCCGGGAUUUGCUUUCGGUCUCUUUUGCCUUCUUGAGCGACUGAUUUCAUGUCAGCCGUGAGAUGAUUGACAGCCUCUACUGACCAAUCAAAAUGCUUUAACUGGAGAAAUGGGAAGCUGGACAUGUGUUUUGAACUGACUGCUUUUAAGAAUGAAGACUUUCAUCUCCCCCAGUUAUCAUUAUAACAGCAGAGCUUGAACUUUUAACUGCACUCGAGGGUGGUCUUCCAUGCUCAUUAAUUUCUCUUUGCACAGGCCAGCACCAUGGUUCUCAGUUUGAAUAUGCUCUUAGUUAAAUAUGACAGGAGGGCGAGUAAAAGGGACGUACUGGGAAUAGUGGGAGAUUUUAAAAGUUUGAAGGGUCUUUUAAAACUUAGCCACUCACUGCAACCACUUACAUGGUGACAAGUCCUGGUUAAGGAGUAUGUAUAAUCAUGAUAGUGGGGGGGGGAUGCUCCUACAGUACUCAGGGCAGAAUGCAAUGCAAAUUGGAGAAACACAAACUGCAGCAGUGUGUGCCUUCAUGGGAAUCUUAACACCCACUUAUUUAACCUCUUGGGUUUGCUUUUGGAGAUUUCUCCGUACGUUCAAAUUCUGAGCUCAUUUGUGCCUAAUUAUAGAGCCAUUAUUAUAGCCUCCAUCCUCUCAUGAAGUUGUAUCUGCAGUAUAAAAUAUGUAGCUGUUGUCAUGUUAGACAUUCCAUUAUAUAGAAGUACCUGUUUACUAAUGUAGAUUUGCCUUUCUGGGGUUUUAUAAGAAGUGAAGCACUGAUGUUUCCAGGUAGCUCUCUCAAGCCCUUUUCAGACAUCGCUGCUCUCAUCAAUCUAUCAGAGUGACAGCGUUCUGUCGCUCAGUCAUAGUCAUCUCAAAGGCUUCACUCAAAAAUGCCAACAAUAAUGACUGAAAGAGCAACACAUGAUUUUUUUUUAUUUUUAUUUUUUUCACCAUUUUGUGCAACAGAAGUUGUCAACAUAGGUGCUUUAAAGCAUUAAGUUCUCUCUGGCACUGUCACUAGGAGCUGUGUUGUGUUUGUUUGUGUGAGUGUGUGGUAUUGCUCAGAGAGCUGAGCUCACCCCUCCAGCACAGGCUCAGAGAGUAAGAUCUCCUUUCUGGUUUAAAUUUUCUUAAAAGAAACUACGAUUAAAUGACAUUAUGUGCAGGUUAUUUCUGGUCAGGGAAUUCUCUAAUGAGGGGAGUGGCUCACUGAGCACCAGACAUCAUCAGCUGUCUUGUGUGCAUGUCCGUAGUUGUAACUCCGUGCAUUUAGACUCAUUUCUUGGUCUGACAUACCAAGACUGCUGCAGUUUCCGAUCGAUUGAUGGGAGUUCGUGUCUUUGAAGGGCUUUAAAACAAAGAACACACCUGAUAGAGUUGCUCUCAUGGUGAAUGACAUGCAAAUGAUAUAAACACUGAUGGAAGAAAAACUACAUUUUCUCUCAAGAGAGACGUUGUCUGUGUAUCAUACUGGAGUCUUUAGUGCUUUAUCCCAGUUUUCAAAAUAACCACUUAUCAACUUUUCUGUUAAAUCUAGCAACUGACAAUCUCAGUUAAAUAAAUAAAACAAAGGAGAGAUUUGUGUCUAUAAAUAUGUGAGCAGGAGUACCUUGACAGCCGUCUUUGUCCUGAAUGAGCGCGAGCGCACAAGUUGUGAGGCGACGGCAAGCACUGCAACCGAAACGAGUCGCUCUUCUACUCUUUGACUAUCUCUGGUUUUUUCCUUAGAUAGCAUCAGUAGAGAGCGAGCGAUGUGGAGGUGGAAAGCAAAGCAAUAACACACAGCAGGCUUUGUCCUUUACUGCAGUCAAGUAGAAGUAAUCUGCAUCCAUUCAUCUCCAUCUUUAACUCCGCUGGCUUUAAAACCGUCAUCCCAUCCAAACUAACCCUAGCGUUGCGUUUCCCCAUUUUCAUCAGUUCAGGGUGACAUUUUGGCUCGAUCAGCAUUGUGUUCUCACCGCCUGUAAUUAGUUGUUUGUUUUAUUCCUGUUCUGCCAGUAUUCACAAAACGUUUUAUGAGUAGUGUUGGUUUGUGAGCCAGCUGCUGCUGGAGUCAAUCCAUCUCCUGUUUUUGUGUAGGGAAAAAAAAAAAGCUUCAUAUCGCUAAUGAGUGUGGUUCGAUUUGGCUCCGCAGUUUAACAGCUCUCUCCUCUAUUCACGGUAGCAGUAAAUUUAUUUGUAGUACACACCAAGUCAGACAAAUUGAAACGUUUUCUCUGACUUCUGUUUGGCAAAAUAAGAUUAUAUUCUGUUUUUCCAUUUCCAUUUAAGAUCUCUUUGUAGUUGGGCUUAUGGGUCACACACUGCCCACAUGAGCUCAUAGUGUGUGUGUGUGUGUGUGUGUGUUUUGUCUGUUUAAAAUCUACUCUCCUCUAUUUUGCUCUUAUUGAUAAGCCUCUGUCCUCAGAGGUAUUCUCAGCCUGCUGCUGCAGUGCUUGGCUCUUUUUUUCCCUCCGUGUUCCUUAUUGUGAGCCUGGUCGAUGCAGCAGUGCAGAUUAGAUCUUGGCUGCAUUCUUUGGUUGUUCAUCUUUUUUUCUUUGUGUUCGUCUCUCUUUAGAGGAUAAUUAGUCUACCCUGAAAAUCCUAGAUAAUUCUGUUUAUAGAGUGGCAGGUGACCUUUCCACCCAAACUCUAAACAUGUUAAUGUGACAGAAGCAGAGGCUGGGAUGUGUGUACAGUCUGUCUUGUUACAUAAAGAGUUGCCAUUUCUGUAGUUAUCGUGCAGAAGUUCUCUGCAAGGUUGGUAAAAGUGAUAAAGUCUAAUAUUUGAAUCCGUAUAAUGAAUGCAGUGCAUUUAAAAAAAAUAAAUUUAAAAAAAAUGUAUUUGUGUUCCUCUGAAGUCAUCCUGCUGCUGUGAUUAUCUCCUCCAUCAUCAGUGCAGGUGAGUCAUGCACAUCCAGGCCAUGAAUUGACCUCCUGCCUGUUUCACUGAUGAGCUGGAACAGUGUGGAUUGUGGACACUUCACACUUACUUUUCUUUUUUUAUUUGUCACCACAAAAACAUUAAUCUUGUACAAGAACGCCUCGUCCCAGAUUUAGCUGCUAGCUCAUUUCCACCUGCAGUCCCUGGGUGAACAAUCAUAACAUUAAAUGAGCUAUAAACUACAAUAACAGAGGUACAAGAUACUAAUAAAUUUAAUAGUAUAGGUAUAAUUUAAUAAAAACCCUCCGGUCUCACGCAAUAUUAGGUACUCGGAGUAUUGAAUACGAUACAAAACGUCUUUUCCACACUUAAUUCAAAGCUUUGCUCCAGGUUUGUUGUUUUUUGUGUUUUUUUUGUUUUUUUUUUGUUUUUUUAAGCUAGUGUCUUGUGUUGUCUAGCGUUUCGAUUCUUGCUGCUGCAUCUUUGUUCGGCUUGAUACUUUUAUCUCUGUUCUCUCCGGAGUGGAAGUGAUGUUUUGUCGAGUUCUUCAAAGGAUGCGGUCGAUUUCUGUGGGUGACCUGUCCUGCGUUGAUUUUGAAUUCCAAUAGUUUUUCAACCUGAAAGCUUUCCACUCUGCUGUACCUGUCCUCAUAGCCUCUCCUCUGUUUCUGUGUAUUGGCUUUUGUAUUCUGGUGUUCAUGUUACCUUGGAGUCAACUGCAGUCUCCACAGAUGAAAUCCAGCCUAAACUAAUGGCCCUGCACUGUUGUGUGUGAACAAUUCAUAGAAAAGGACGCAGCUGGACUAGACUUUCUCCUGUCAGUCAGUCAGCAGCUCGCUUUUGUACACAUGAAAAUGAAGGAGGCAAAGAUGUUACUGUAAAAGACUAAAAUACACGUGGAGGUGAUGAAAGGUCAUAAGGGCUCUUUUAUUCCACACUUUGAUUUUAAAUCCAAAUAGCUUGAAUUAAUCUUACUGUAAAUACACACGUAUUCCCAAGUAAUUUUCUCUCUCGCUCUCUCUCGCUCUCUCCCUCUCCAACCUUCAUUUCAAGGUCAUCUGAAGUUCUUUGUCCCUGGUGUCCAAUGACACCAUCCAUACAGUAUAGAUAGAUACAGUAAAUCCAUGCAGUAGUCCUCAUGUCCUUCAAAAACCA